AUUAAAAGCAUUUCAAAUGUUGUCUCACAUUAUUCAUUUUAUAUAUUAGGAGAGGAAAUAGUUGUGCAUAAGGAUUAUGAGGUGAGCAUAGUGGAAGAGCAGCCGACGGAAGAAGAACAAUCGCAACCGCAACAAGAAGAGCGUCCACUACAGGUUAGGAUCAUUGAGGAGGUGCCAGAGGUCGAAGAAUCUCAUCCGAUUGAAGUGAUAGAGGAGGAGCAGCCAGAGGAGGAGGAUGUGCCAACAGUCGGUGAAGGGGAGAAGCCUAAAAAGAAAAAGAAGAUUGUGAAGAAGAAAUUAGACGAGCAUGAUGUCAUCAUACAAAAACUACUUGAACAGGAAAUCGAGAAGACCGAACUGGAGAAAUAUGAAAAAUUCGAAUUUGAAAGACCCGAAAAGGUUAAGCCCGAAUUCGCUAACAUCGAGCCACAAAAAAUCGAACGUAAGGAGCAGAAACCUACUAAAUUGGUCGUUGUGGAAACGACGGAAGAACCACAAUCCAUUAAACUGAAGCCAGCUAAACGUAAGCCAAAAGCAGUCGAAGAGCAGGCAGUACAAUUGCCCAAGUUUAAACUGAAGAGUCGCAUGGAACUGGUUGAAUACCCGCCUGAGGCUGAAUUGCCGCAAAUAACGGAAAUUGGCGCAGUUCGGGAAAGUGGUGAACUUACUCGCAAUAUUGAGGAAGCCGAAGAACUGCUCAAAUUCAAACCACAAAAGGUUAAGAAGUUGAAGAAAAUAAAGGGCGAUUUGGAAAAGCCGCAAUUGGAGAAAUAUGAGAAGUAUGUCAGCAGUGAAGAGGAAAUCGAAGAAACUGCACCCUAUCAAAAGCCUGAAAAGACACCAAAGGCAGAAGAUAAGCCCGAGGAAGUUAAGCUUAAGAUCGGCAAAGGCAAAAAGAAACCCAUUGCUGAGGAACAACCCGAGAGUGUUACUUUGAAAAAGACUCCUUUGAAGCCUAAGGAAGCUGAAGUGGUUGAAGAAAGUGUGCCCAAAAAGAAAGAGGAGGUACCAGUUAAAGUUAUUGAAGAAACACCAGAACAGCCCACAUAUGAACUGCAGCCGUUCGAACCCACGGAAUUUGAACAACCAGCAUACGAAAAGGAGGAACUAGAACCCGUGGAAAUGCCUGAAGAACCUAAAAAAGAAAAGAAAGAGCCGAAACAAAAACCAAAGCCUAAAUCGAAACCAAAGCCCGAACCAGAAGUAAAUAUAACUCAAAUAGUUCCUGGUGUACCAAAAGAACAAGAAGAGGUACCUGAGGAUGAGGUGAAAUUCCGCAUUCCAGAAAGCGAGGUACCUGAAGAAUCGAAAGAGGAAGUUAAAUUGAAGCCAAUUAAGAAGGUUAAAGAGGCACCAGCACCCGUAGAGGAAGCAAAGAUGGUGCCACAAGAGGAAGACACAGAAAAGAUUCCAAUUCCCGAUGCCGAGGAGCAAGCCGAGAAGAAGAAGAAACCAAAAGCAAAGAAAGCACCACAAAAAGAGGCGGAAUCUGUAGAAGAAAUACCUGAAGAACAGUUUGAGAUUUCUGUGACCGAGGAGCAGCCUACUGUUCCCGAGCAAACUGUUGAAGAGAAAGCUGCUGAAGUCAAGCUAAAGAAGAAAAAACCGAAAGAGGCACCACUUGCCGAAGUGCAGGUGGUCGAAGAUGUACCGAAAGAGGAGAUAAUAGAGGAAGCUCCAGUUGAGUACAAAAUUACAACAACAGUUAUUGAACCUGAAGAAGCACCAGAGGAACAUAAAGUGCGUGUUAUUGACUACGAUCAGAAAGAGGUCACUGUCGAAGAAGUGGUGGAAGAACGAGUGGUCACACGCAAAAAGAAACCCAAACCACAAAAGCCUGAAGAAUAUGAAUAUAGUAUUACUGAGCCCCAAAUUUCAGAAGUGCCAUCCGAAGUGAUAGAAACUAUUCCAGCACAGGAUGAGCAACCAGAAGAGGUAGCUCCUGAUGAAGCAGUGGUAGAUGUGAAAGACACCGGGGCUGCGCCAGAAGAACCAGUCGCCAAGGUGAGCAUAAAGAAGAAGAAACCAAUUAAGAAACUGGAGGAAGAAGUUGAGGUUGAGGAGGUUCCUCUUGUUGAGGAAGUCAAAGAACAUGUUUCCGAAAAGGAAGCUAUUGAGGAUACUGAGACUAAAGAGGUGCUCAAGAAAGUGAAACCGAAGAGCUAUAAAUUCAAGCUAACCGAAACAGAAGCCGAAAAAGCGCCCGAGCAACUUGCCGAAGAAAUUCCAGAAGAAGAGGAGAAGCCACAGCCAGUAGUAGAAGAAAUUGCAGAAGAUUUCCCAACCUAUGAAAUCACCACUACGGAUAUUGAAGCCGAGGUUACGAAACAAAUAGAAGAGAUUCAAGAGGUUGUCAAAGAGAAAAAGCCUAAAAAGGUAAAGACCUCAGAGGCUCCUAAAGAAUAUGAAAUCGGAGUAGUGGAAGAAGUGGUGCCUAAACCAGUUGAAGAGGUGGAACAGCCCGAUGGUGCCGUCUUCUCAAUUAAGAAAAAACCAAAGAAAGAGGUGCCUGAAGAAUUUGAGGCUGCUGUGGUUUUGACUGAGCUGAAACCGGUAGAGGAAGUCGAAACGGAGGUUGCGGUAAAGAAAAAACCGAAGAAACCGAAAACGCAGGAAGAUGUUUCUGUCAUCCACGAAAUUAAGGUGGUUGAAACGGAAACUCCGAAGGAGGAAAUUGAAGAGCAAACGACACAGGAAGUAGUAGUCACCAAAAAGGCACCCUCGAUCGAAGAGGUUCCUGCUGAAUACAAAUUCGGAAUUGUUGAGUCACAAGUUGAAGAAAGAGUGCCUUCGGUUGAAUUCACAGUCAAAGAAGAAGAAACUGUUGAGCAACCAGUGGAAGAGCCUGAGGCCCAAUUCGUUAUCGAGGAAAGUAAACCUACAGAAGAAGUUGUAGAAGAAGCCAAAAUCAAAACCAAAAAAUCCAAAAAGAAGCCAACGGAGACACAAGAGGUCGAAUUGAAAGUGAAAGUCACAGAAGAAGUUCCGGAAAAACCCACUCAGGUGGAGGAAGAGAUAGAUGAGAUUAUAACUGAACCUGAAAAGGUUGUGCCCGAGGAAAAACCCAAAGAGUAUGUCAUUGGUAUUAAGGAAUCAAUGCCAGAAAAAACUGAACCAUUGGUUUUCGAAGAGCCUGAAAUUCCCAAAGAGAAAGAGCUAGUCGAAGAAGCACCAGUUCAAGAGGUAAAAGUUAUCACUACAACCCCGAAAGAAGAAAUUAUUGAGGAGGUAUCUGUGGUUAAGAAAAAGGUGAAGAAGCCGAAAGAAACCAAAGAAGAGCUCAAGGUGGAUGUUGUUGAAGAGACUCCAAAAGCUGAGGAAGAGAAACCACAUCAAGUCAUAUUGAGUGCUCCGACUGAAAUUGAGGAGAAAAUGAUUAAGAAAAAACAAGCGGGACAAACGCGUUAG